AUGGUCCGCGACACGAUGCAAGAGCAGAAGAAACAAACCAAGAAUCGUCAGAUGACACUUGACCAGAAACUUGACAGGAUUAUCACCUUGCUUGAAAGUUUGGGACUCAGAAUAGCAAGGAUAGAGAAGAUCCUAGGAAUCAAAAAUGAACAAAGAGAGAGUGAGAAACAAGAGAACCAGACUCAAGAAGAAGAGACUCAAGAAAAAGAGGUAAGCAAAUUCUGA